UUAAAUAAAUAUCAAUAUUCAAUACCAUCAUUCAUCACCCCUGUCGUUAAAGUUAUUUAGUUUCUUCUAUUUACAUUUUAUUUUAAUAAUAUAAUUAUUCUUAUUUGUAAAAAUGACAAGAAUGUGUGUUGUUUGUAAGAAAUUGUAUAUUAAGGGAUCAGAGAAAUCAUUUCAUUCUUUUCCUAAAAAUGAAAAUCGUAAACAAUUAUGGUUAAAGGCGUGUAAUAUAAAAUUAUAUUUGCCAUCAUACAAGAUAUGCAAUGAUCAUUUUUUACCAGAAAAUUACUUACCAAGUGGGUAUCUCAAGAAGAAUGCUGUUCCAUUCCUAGCAUCUAAAAGUACAAUUAUUAAACCUUUGACCUACCAUGAUACUUCAAGUCAUUCUCCAACUCCUAUGAAACGCUUGUGUGUUGAACCCAUAGUUUCUACAAAUACAGAUAUUGAACCAGUGGACUAUCACGGUACGUCUAACCCUUGUCAAAGUCCAAUGAAGCGUAAAGUGUUUAAUGCAAACUCAAUUGGAAUUUUAACUCCAAGUAAUUUUAAGACUCCGAGAGAGGCAAAGAAAAAUUUGGACAUGGUGAAGAACAAAUAUAGAGAAAAACAAAUUCAAAAUGCAAAUCUGAAAAAACAAAUAAAAAGACUGAAAGAAAAACUCACUACUUAUGAUAAUCUUGUUCAAAAAUUACACCAAAAACUAUUUUUAACUGACAGUGCAUCUGCUCACUUGAAGAUAAAAAAUACAGUUGAACAAGAUCAUGAUUAUGUAAAAUCUUCAAAUAGACUAACACCAUUUUUAGAUAAGGUAACAAGUUACAAUACUGGUUUUGUGUUGAAAAAAAUAAAAAUAAAAUAACUUGUGAGGUAGUCACCCAUUUUUGA